AUGAAUUCAAGGCUGGUCAGACCAUCUACACCUAAGAAACCUUUUGAUCCUAAUUUAAUUAAAUAAUCUGCUAAAAAGCCUUUCUAAUAUGAAACAAAGCAACAAAAAAUACUCAUUAUAGAAUAUUAUCAUAUUAAUAUUUGA